GAAGGAGGAAAAAGAAGUAGAAGCAGACAAAAUAAUUCUUCAAGAGAAAAGUGAACCCAGCCUCAUUUGUCCCCCACCACGCAGCAGAAGCUAUCUUCCUCCGGAGGAUAUACAGACCUGCCUUGAGUCUUACGUCAAGGAGAUUUUUGGACCCUCACUUCCUGGUAAUUGGCAGCAGACACCCCUCAAAGAAAACAGGUUGAAGUAUCGCCUCCUGGCUCAGCUGGCAGCAGAACUUGGUCACGCUGUCCCCAAUUCACAGCUCCACCUGAUGCGCAGUGCUGAGGAUGUCUUGAAUUUCUAUAGCACUCCUGUGAAGGAUGUGUCCAAGUUUGAUGAACUGUGCGCUGCAGAGCUACCCCCAAACCUGAAAAUUACCUGGGAGCACUGA